GCCAAGAAUUGGCCAUGAAGAGCCUCAAAUCCCGCUUGAGGAGGCAGGACGCACCCGGUCCCGCGUCGUCCGGCGUCACCGCUGCAGCCAGCACGCAUGUAGUAGACUGGAGUAAAUAUGAUGACCGAUUGAUGAAAGCAGCAGAAAGGGGGGAUGUAGAAAAAGUGUCCUCUAUCCUUGCUAAGAAGGGAGUCAAUCCAGGCAAACUAGAUGUCGAAGGCAGAUCUGCCUUCCAUGUUGUGGCCUCAAAGGGGAAUCUUGAAUGUUUGAACGCCAUCCUUCUGCAUGGAAUUGAUAUUACAACCAGUGACACUGCAGGGAGAAAUGCUCUUCAUCUGGCUGCAAAAUAUGGACAUGCAUUGUGCCUACAAAAGCUUCUACAGUACAAUUGUCCCACUGAACACACAGACCUACAGGGAAGAACUGCCCUUCAUGAUGCAGCUAUGGCAGACUGUCCUUCUAGCAUUCAGCUGCUCUGUGACCAUGGGGCCUCUGUGAAUGCCAAAGAUGUAGAUGGGCGGACACCACUCGUUCUGGCUACUCAGAUGUGUCGGCCAACAAUAUGUCAACUGCUGAUAGAUAAAGGAGCAGAUAUUAAUUCCAAAGACAAGCAAAACAGAACGGCUCUUAUGCUAGGUUGUGAGUAUGGUUGCAAAGAUGCUGUUGAAGUCUUAAUUAAAAAUGGUGCUGAUGUGAACUUGCUGGAUGCCCUGGGCCAUGAUAGUUCUUACUAUGCAAGAAUUGGUGACAAUCUGGAUAUUCUAACAUUAUUGAAGACUGCAUCAGAAAAUACCAACAAAGGGAGAGAACUUUGGAAGAAAGGACCAUCUUUGCAACAGCGACAUUUGACACAUAUGCAAGAAGUGAAUACGACGUCAAAUCAGAGGGAGCAGCAAAACUUUCAGGAUCUGGAGAUUGAAAAUGAAGAUUUGAAAGAGAGGUUGAGAAAAAUUCAACAAGAACAAAGGAUAUUGUUGGAUAAAGUCAAUGGUUUACAACUGCAGCUGAAUGAGGAAGUAAUGGUUGCUGAUGAUCUGGAAAGUGAGAAAGAAAAGCUGAAGUCCCUUUUGGCUGCUAAAGAAAAGCAACAUGAAGAAAGCUUAAGAACUAUUGACGCUCUGAAAAAUAGAUUUAAGUAUUUUGAGAGUGAUCAUUUAGCAUCAGGAAGUCAUUUCAGUAACCGAAAAGAAGAUAUACUUCUUAAACAAAGCCAAAUGUACAUGACAGACUCACAGUGUACUGCCCCAGGUAUGCCGGCCCAUAUGCAAAGCAGGUCUAUGUUAAGACCAUUGGAGCUGUCUUUACCUGGUCAAACCUCAUAUUCUGAAAAUGAGAUUUUAAAGAAAGAGUUGGAAGCAAUGAGAUCGUUCUGUGAUUCAGCAAAACAAGACAGACUCAAGCUCCAAAAUGAACUGGCUCACAAAGUGGCAGAGUGCAAAGCUUUAGCACUAGAAUGUGAAAGAGUCAAGGAGGAUUCAGAUGAUCAGAUAAAGCAAUUAGAAGAUGCAUUAAAAGAUGUGCAGAAGAGAAUGUAUGAGUCAGAAGGUAAAGUUAAACAAAUGCAGACACAUUUUCUCGCCCUUAAAGAGCAUCUAACAAGUGAAGCAGCUACAGGGAAUAACAGAUUAAUGGAGGAACUGAAGGAUCAGUUGAAAAACAUGAAAGCAAAGUAUGAAGGUGCUUCGGCAGAAGUGGGAAAAUUAAGAAACCAAAUCAAACAAAAUGAAAUGUUAGUAGAAGAGUUUAAGAGGGAGGAAGGCAAGUUGAUAGAAGAAAAUAAGCAAUUGCAGAAGGAAUUUAGUAUGUGUCAAGUGGAGCAAGAGAAGAAAGGCAGAAAGGUCGCCGAGAUGGAAGGUCAGUUAAAAGAAUUGGUAGCAAGAUUAGCCCUUUCUAUUCCAACAGAAAAAUUUGAAAACAUGAAGAGCUUAUUAUCAAAUGAAGUAAGUGAAAAGGCAAAACGAUUAGUAGAGAUGGAAAGAGACUAUGAAAACUCUCUUAGUGAAAUUAGACAAUUAAAGAGAGAACUUGAGAACUUUAAGGCUAAGCUUGCUCAGCAUGUCAAACCAGAGGAGCAUGAACAGCUCAAGAGCAGAUUAGAGCAAAAAUUGGGAGAACUUGGGAAGAAGAGCACCGAAUUGACAUUGAAAAAUCAGACACUACAAAAGGAAAUUGAGAAGGCUUAUCUGGAUAAUAAACUCCUCAGCCAGCAAGUACAUAACUUAACAGUUGAAAUGAAAAGUCAGUAUGUUCCUGUAAAAGUAAGUGAAGAAAUGAAGAAGUCACAUGAUAUGAUUGUUGAUGAUUUGAAUAGAAAGCUUUUAGAUGUAACACAAAAAUAUUCUGACAAGAAGUUGGAAGUAGAGAAGUUGCUGAUGGAAAAUGACAAUUUAAAUAAGAAUGUUACCCGCUUGGAAUCUGUGUUCAUACCUCCUGAGAAAUACGAAAAAGAGACAAUGGCUCUGCAGUCCAGCAUUGUUGAACUUAAGAAACAGCUAUCUGAACUUAAUAAAAAAUAUGGUGAAGACCAAGAAAAGAUACAUACACUCAUGUCUGAAAACACUAACUUGAAGAAGACUCUCAGUAAUCAGUAUGUGCCAGUUAAAACCCAUGAAGAGGUAAAAACUGCAUUGAGCAGCACAUUAGAUAAAACUAACAGAGAAUUAUUAGACUUGAAGAAAAAACUUGAAGAUAAAAAUCAAAACCUUCUAAAGAUAAAAGAUGAGAAUAAUACAUUAAAAAGAAACCUGGAAAGCACUCAGCACCAACUGAAAGCUGAGUACAUCAGCCUAAAAGAGCAUGAGGAGAAGAUGAGUACUGUAAGUAAGAACAUGAAAAAGGUGCAGGAUAACAAUGCUGAAAUAUUGGCUAACUACAAAAAAAGCCAAGAAGAGAUUGUGAGGCUGCAUGCUGAAAUUGAAGCCCAGAAGAAGGAACUUGACACAAUACAAGAAUGCGUUAAGCUAAAAUAUGCUCCAAUUAACAGCUUUGAAGAGUGUGAGAGAAAAUUUAAAGCAGUAGAGAAAGAACUAAAAGAACAGUUAUCAGAACAGACACAGAAGUAUAGUGUCAGCGAAGAGGAGGCCAAGAAAUGCAAACAAGAGAUUGAAAAGUUAAAGAAGGAGAUUCUGUCCCUUCAGAAAGAUUUAAAGGAGAAGAAUGUUCUUAUUGAGAAUUCUCAUGGAACAGAAAGAACAUUAAGCAGAAAAGCAGAAGACCUAAACAAACAGCUAAAGGACUUGUCACAGAAAUACAUGGAGGUAAAGAAUGAGAAAGAGAAGCUAGCAGAAGAAAAUGCCAAACGGACUUCAGAGAUACUUGCAGCACAAACUCUUUUGCAGAAACAGCCGGUUCCACUGGAGCAGGUUGAGGCUCUGAAGAAAUCUCUUAAUGGCACAAUUGAGACUCUAAGGGAAGAGCUGAAGAAUAAGCAAAGAUGUUAUGAGAAAGAGCAGCAGACAGUGACCAAACUGCAACAAAUGUUGGAGAAUCAAAAGAACUCUUCUGUACCUCUGCUGGAGCAUCUGCAAAUUAAGGAAGCAUUUGAGAAAGAAGUUGGAAUCAUGAAAGCUAGCUUGAAAGAAAAGGAAGAAGAAAGCCAAAACAAAAUUGAGGAAGUCUCCAAACUCCAGUCUGAGGUUCAUCAAACUAAACAAGCGUUAAAAAAAUUAGAGACUAGAGAGGUUGUUGAUUUGUCUAAAUUUAAAACAAUGAAAAGCGAUUUGGAGGCACAGAUCUCCAACCUAAAUGAAAAAUUGGCUAACCUAAAUAGAAAGUACGAGGACGCGCGCGAGGAGGUUUUGCACGCCAAAAAGAAGCAACUCUCUGCAAAAGAUGAGAAGGAAUUCCUACAUUUUAGCAUUGAGCAAGAAAUCAAGGACCAGAAAGAACGAUGUGAUAAGUCCUUGACAACAAUCACAGAGUUACAGAGGAGAAUACAGGAAUCUGCUAAACAAAUCGAAGCAAAAGAUAAUAAGAUCACGGAACUGCUUAAUGAUGUAGAACGACUAAAACAGGCCCUCAAUGGCAUUUCACAACUGACUUACAUGAGUGGGAGUCCCACCAAGAGACAGAGUCAACUGGUGGAAGCUCUGCAGCACCAGGUGAAAUCCCUGCAGCAGCAGCUGGCCGAUGCUGACAGGCAGCACCAAGAAGUAAUUGCAAUUUAUCGGACACAUCUUCUUAGUGCUGCACAGGGUCACAUGGAUGAAGAUGUCCAGGCAGCAUUACUUCAGAUCAUACAAAUGCGGCAGGGGCUUGUGUGCUAGCACUUAGUACUGAGCAGCCACUGUUGGCUUGAUCCUGCUGGUGCUGGGCAUUCUGUGUGCAACACAGCCUUGCUGGGCCUCACUGUGCUAGCAUUAUAAAUAAAAUAUAUUUUAUUCCAUCAGUAGAUUUUUUUUUUAAUUAGAUGAAUAUGCUACUGAGUUUUUCAAUAUCAGUUCAUAUCUUAUAUUCUAUAUAUGUAAAUUUUACAGCUUAGUAUAAACAGCAUAACACUUUGCCUUGGAUUGACAAUAUAUUUUUAAACCAUUGAGUCCCUAAUAAAGCAUGAGUAGGUCUAUAUGAAGAAGGUUUGGGCUGAAAUAAUUGUUUGAAGAUUUCUUUCAGAGAAAUUAAUUUGGUUGGUGGCCAUUUCUAAGUGGAUCAAAAGACCUUUCAGAUCCUCAUUCGAGCCAUGAGACUUAAUGUGGUUUUGAGGAAUGCAUUGUAACUUGGCUGGCCAAGUUACAUCUUUAUUGAAGUAACAAUGAGUGCCUUUGACUUGUUUGGAGGUACAGAUAUUUUUUUCUUCUUAUGCUAGUAACUUCUUUGCCUUUUUUUUUUUUUAAUAUACACUUCUUUUCAUAAAUGGUUUGCAGUACUAAAUUACAUUUAGAUUAAGAACAGCAGGGGUGGAAUAUAUCAGGACUUUAUAAUCAAAUUGCCUCAUAAUCUCCACAACAAUAUCCUAAUGUUUACUUGUGCUGACUUUUCUUGCCACAGUAGUUAAAGAACUAUGAUAAAUGGUAUACUAGAUUUCUCAAAAUGUCAAAACAUUUUUGACAUUUUUUUUUUAGCAGUUUCUUUGACAUUUGCUACUAUAGUAACCAAGAACUCAUUAUUCAUGCAUCCUCCAAAUGUUUUGCACUUAUUUAUAGGAAAAUUGCACUAAUGGGAUUAGUAAUGUGAAAUGCAGGGUUGUUUUUUUUUUCAGAAUAACAUUAGAAUAUUGAUUUUAGAAAAUAGAUCUUUAAAGUUGUAGACAAAAAUAUAAUAGUACAGUAAACUGUAAGACUAUAGACAGAUAGCAAGAAGAUAAUCAAAUCAGACAUUUAUGAUAAAUAUACUAAUGUAACCAACCAUUUUUAUUAACCACAUCACAUUAAAGAAAGUUUGUAUGUUAUUUUUAUUAAUAUGUUGCUUACCACGCAGAUUGAAAAUUACUAAUUUGUUAGCAGAUAAACUGAAAGAAUGAUUUCUUUUUAAAGUUUUCUAAAAUU